AUGCCCCCCAAGACCGCCGACGACGAGCUGGCGGAGCUGGCGGAGCUGGAGAAGCUGGCCGAGACGCCUGCGCCCCCGCCCAAGCACGCCCGCGGCGCUCGCCCACCACGGCAGCGCUUUGAGACCGAGGACGAUGCCCUCAAGGACCUGGACGAGCUGGAGCAGCUGGGCAAGGCGCCCCAGCCCACGGUGCCGCGGCAGACCAGCCGCCCCAACACGCCCAAAGUAGCGUCGUCGUCCGCCUCCAGCAACCGGCGGGCCCCCGGCGUCGCCACGCCCUCGUCCACAGGCUCAGCACGCACAAGCGAGGACAACCGGCCGUCGGCACCACGCAAGUCGGGCGAGAGCACCCGCUCCUACCACCAGAGCUUUGUGCCGUCCCAAGACGAGCCCGCGAGGCAGCCGGCGCCCGAGCCAAAGGAAGAGAAGCAAGCGGGGGGGUCUUGGUGGGGAGGCGGAUGGGGAGGGCUCGUGUCCACCGCCACGGCAGCAGCAGAGACGGCACGCAAGCAGGCAGAGGCAGCCUACCAGGAGCUCCAGAAGAACCAAGAGGCCCAGCGGUGGGCCGAGCAAGUGCGAGGGAACGUUGGUGCUCUUCGCGGCAUCGGAGGCGAACUCGGCAAGCGUGCCGUGCCUACCUUCACAAACAUCCUCAACACACUCGCACCGCCAAUCUCUCAACAUGAACGUCUACAAAUCCACAUCACACACGACCUCAUCGGCUACCCCUCGCUCGACCCGCUUGUCUACCAAACAUUUGCUGGAGUCAUGGCACAAGUAGAAGGCGGCGACCUGAUGGUCAUUCAGCGCGGCUCCGAGUCAUCACAGCGCGGGUCGUUUGACGGAUAUCGAGGCGGAGGCGGAAGCUGGAAUGACGGCCCAUGGUGGCGCCACAAUGAGAAGCGCGACCUGGGUGUGGUCAAGGGACUCGUCGAAGGCACCAAGCUUGCUCGCGUGAGCGCUGAAUCCUACGCCAACGAAUUCUUCAACGCAAGAGGCGGCAUAGAAGAAGCUGCAAAGCAUGCCACGGAAGUGCUGAGUGAGACAAAUCCAGUCAGGAGCAGCGACAUCUUUAUUGCCAUCCAGGCCAUCAGCUACCCAGAGCAAGACGGGCUGUUCGCAUCAUCCUCUUCGGAAGAAAAGGGAGACGUCGAAGAGCAGGACGACGACGGAGAGCAGGUAGCCUUUGCAAUCUACCUCCACGAUCCCGUACACGGUAUCAGUUUCAAGAGCAUUUCACAAUCUUUCCCUUCCAAGUGGGUCGAGUGGCUGGACGCGCCGGCCAACACCGAGGUCGAGGGCGAGGAGCCCCAGCUACCACAAGAAAUUCAAGAAAUCAUCGAAAGCGGCGGAGUUGAUCCACGAGAGUGGGUCAGCGAAUGGAUGGAGGAGACGAUCAAUCUCAGUGUAGGCAUCGUGGCGCAGCGCUAUGUUGCGCGCAGAAUGGGAGUUGGAGAAGGUGGCCUUGGCAGGGGAAAGGCACGGGAGGCGGUCCUUGAUGCUGGUGGUGGUGAGGCUGCUCGAGCUGGAAUCAUCUAA